AUGCCCGAGUUGAAGAAGAAAGACGAAACGAAAGAUCAGGAAGAUCCAGAAAUGAACUGCCCACCACUUCUAAGAUCAAAUGGAGCCGAUUUGAAUCAGUACUCAAAAAGUCUUAUGGAACAAUUGCAGGCGCAGCUGUUUGCAAACCCAUCUCUUCAGUUUCCAUCAUUUCCUCCAGCUUUUUCGAUUGCUGCUUUAACAAAUAACCAACAUGAGAUCAAGGACGAAGACGGGAAGAAAACACCAACUGGAGAUAAUAUUCUUGAUGGAUCUUCAACACUGGAUUGCAGAGAGAAUGGAUCUCCAUCAGAUGGUACUAACAGUCCAGACGAUAACGGAAAAAGGAAGCAAAGAAGAUAUCGUACCACAUUCAGUGCUUUCCAGUUAGACGAGCUUGAGAAAGUGUUUGGCAGAACCCAUUAUCCAGAUGUGUUCACGCGGGAAGAAUUGGCAACACGAGUCCAACUGACAGAGGCACGAGUUCAAGUGUGGUUCCAAAACAGACGUGCAAAAUAUCGCAAGCAGGAACGAAGCAGUACUCAUCAUCCUUAUCAAGCUCCAUUAAAUAUUCCAAAUUCAAAUGGAGAUAAUCCAUACCAGAUGAUGCUGAGUCAAGAAGCGAUUUUUGCAGCCAUCAAUCAACAAGCCGCCGCUCAUCUUUUGAGUGAACAAGUACGAAUGGCUAAUGCAGAUCGUCGGUCGCAAUCUCCAUCUGUACCCGUCACUUCUGCUUCUCCAGUUUCUCAAAACGCAGUCACACCCACAUUUGCAUCAAACGCGGAUGCACUCAACUUGUUUUUCGGAGGAGUAGCACCAGUCACUCAACAACUUCUGUAUGUUCAACAACUCAGCAGAGCAAUGGAUGCAUUCCGAUCACAACUUAUGGCCAAUGCACCAUCAGGAGCAACUGCUGAAGUAACCGACAUUGUUCCAUUGAAGACAGAAGAUUCGAAAUCAAACAGCCGAGCUGGCAGUUCCUCGCCAACACCAACAGAGAGCUCCAGAACAGCCGCCAACUCAGCGAGUCCAACAAACUUCGCCGAUAUGAACAGUCUGAUAUCCGACGUUAAGAAGGAAGAGAGUCCAUGA